CCAGGCGCUGCUGUUGACAUUCCUGCUCCCACUGGCGCUGCUAACACACACGGGUCCUGUCCACCAGCGGUACAGGAAAUUUAUGGUUUUGAGUCGCCUCUGCUUAUAACCGCUGGCCUGCACAUCUCGCGGAGUUUAUUGUUUUUAAUCACACUAAGUUGUCGCAGAUUCUUGCCCGACUCGGCUAUAGGAAGCAUGACGUGUCUGGCAUACCUAGCUGUGACGUGCGUCCUAGUGAGUACCACAGCCAUAACAGCGACCACAGAGCCUCCACCACCCACCACCACACUCCCUGACACCACAGACGAGCCCACAACAGACACCUCCUCCAACAGCACCAAGGAAAGGGGCACCAACCGUAUCCUGAACUACGGGGCCGUUUCUGGAAGCAGUUUUGGGGUAUUUGAAUAUGAUACCCACCACUCUGCUUAUCCCCACCCCCUUCCCGGCCCUGGUCCUAUCCCUCACCCUAGGCCACCCUUCCUCCCUGGUCUCCCUGCCCCGGGCCACAUCCCACCCCACCAUCCUCCCUUCCCGCCGCACAAUGGCAUCUAUCCCGCCACGAGCUCCUGCAAGUACUACUGUCCUGGCCGCUGGCAUAAUCAAAUCUACUGCUGUGAUAACUCGCCUUCCUACCUGGGCUUCAAGUGCCCAAAGGUGCGUGACAGCUGUCCUGGCUCGCACUUCUUCCGCCAUCUGAGGUCUUGCUCCGAGGACAGAAACUGCUACUUCGGGGAGAAAUGUUGCCUGGACGCCUGUAUUGGUCGCCACGUGUGCAAGGCUCCUGAGAGACGAUAGGGAACCGCGUUUUAGGGAUAUAUGUGUAUAAAGUACGCAGGGACGCCUCCACAGUGGGGUCAUAUGCUGCUC